AUGGCAGCGCCCCCGAUCGUCCUGGCCACCGAUUUCGGCCUUACCGAUGCCUACGUGGGCAUGAUGCGGGGGGUCAUUCUGGGCAUCAAUCCCGCUGCCAACGUGAUCGACCUCACCCACGGAAUUGGCCCGCAAGACGUUCGACACGGCGCGGUGGCGCUGGCGGACUCGGCCCCUUAUUUCCCGACCGGUAGCAUCUUCGUUGCGGUGGUAGAUCCGGGCGUGGGAACCGAUCGGGCGGCUCUGCUGCUGGAAACACCCGACGCCAGAUUCGUGGCGCCCGACAACGGGCUGCUGACGCUGGUUUGCCGGCGUUAUGACGCGGCAUUCGGGGAUACUCCCCAAGCCGGUGCGGCGGCGGUUCCGGGCGGUUGCCGCGCCUGGAGACUCACCGACCCGGAGUAUUGGCGGCGUCCGGUCAGCGCAACUUUCCACGGCCGCGACGUAUUCGCGCCGGUGGCGGCGCACCUUUCGCUGGGUGUGGCGACCGACCGGAUGGGUGAAUCAACAAACACGCUGAACACCCUGGCAAUGCCGAUCCCAGAACCGCAUGACGGCGUCAUAUUGGGCCAGGUUGUCUACGCCGACACAUUCGGAAAUCUGACCACCGAUAUAACCGACGAUCUGCUGGUGAGCAUGGGUUUGACCGCUGGCGACCGGGCCGCUGUCAGGGUCAAUAUUGCCGGCAAUGCCAUCACCGGAUUGUCGCGAACAUUUCAUGACCCGCCGGGGUCGGGACUACGAGCGCUGGUGGGGAGCCACGGUCGGCUGGAGAUCGUGGUGGUGGACGGCAGUGCCUUGGCUGGGUUGGGCAUUGGGGCCGGCGCACCGGUGGAGGUGGCAUUUUCGGUGUAG